AUGACGACCACAACCACUUUUCAAGGCAUGGACCUGGGCACCAGGAGCAGCUCCAGAGUGCUGUGUCCACCAGGCGGUGGGUCAAACAUCUGCUUUGGCACAGAUGAUGAAAAACCUGUGACCCGCAAAAACAAAAUGGCAUCUAGUAUAUUUGCUGAACCUGAAGACCCUCAUGCCCAUCGAAGGAACAAUCCACCAGGUGGGAAGCCUACAGGUGUGCUGUGUGGAGAGCCCUCUGCCCCUCUUAGAAGAUUUAAUGCACAACUUGUCAGCCAAAGCAACAGCACACUUGACAGCAAAAUACCUGUGAAAGGUGACCAAGACACAAUCAAUGUUGAGAGCAAAGAAGAACCUGAGCCUGUUCAGGAACAGAAUGAGAUACCAGCUUCUCCUUUCCUCACUGCAACAGAGCAGCCUGCAGCUGGGAUCCCCUCUGGCCGUAGGAACCCACCAGGGGGCAAAUCCUCUCUCAUCUUAGGCUAA